UUUCUUCAUUUUUUUCCCUCCCUUCAUUUUAUUGCGAGAACAACGCUUUAGAGACUCAACAAUAAAGUCCCAUUUUCAAGCUCGGAUCGUCCACUGAGUUAUCAAAGGUAAUCUUUAGUAGCCAUGGCUCGUACCAAGCAGACUGCCCGUAAGUCCACUGGAGGCAAAGCCCCACGUAAACAGCUGGCCACAAAGGCUGCUCGUAAGAGCGCCCCGUCCACUGGUGGAGUCAAGAAGCCUCAUCGUUACAGGCCUGGUACCGUGGCUCUGCGUGAGAUCCGUCGUUAUCAGAAGUCCACUGAGCUGCUGAUCCGCAAGCUGCCCUUCCAGCGCCUGGUGAGAGAAAUCGCCCAGGACUUCAAGACUGAUCUGCGUUUCCAGAGCGCAGCCAUCGGAGCUCUGCAGGAGGCCAGCGAGGCCUACCUGGUCGGCCUGUUUGAGGACACCAACCUGUGCGCCAUCCACGCCAAGCGCGUCACCAUCAUGCCUAAAGACAUCCAGCUGGCACGUCGUAUCCGCGGGGAGCGUGCUUCUUUAGUAGCCAUGGCUCGUACCAAGCAGACUGCCCGUAAGUCCACUGGAGGCAAAGCCCCACGUAAACAGCUGGCCACAAAGGCUGCUCGUAAGAGCGCCCCGUCCACUGGUGGAGUCAAGAAGCCUCAUCGUUACAGGCCUGGUACCGUGGCUCUGCGUGAGAUCCGUCGUUAUCAGAAGUCCACUGAGCUGCUGAUCCGCAAGCUGCCCUUCCAGCGCCUGGUGAGAGAAAUCGCCCAGGACUUCAAGACUGAUCUGCGUUUCCAGAGCGCAGCCAUCGGAGCUCUGCAGGAGGCCAGCGAAGCCUACCUGGUGGGUCUCUUUGAGGACACCAAUCUGUGCGCCAUCCACGCCAAACGUGUCACCAUCAUGCCCAAAGAUAUCCAGCUGGCACGUCGUAUCCGUGGAGAACGGGCCUAGACGCUCUCUCCUCUUUAUCUUUCCCUUUUCACCCCAUCAUGCCCCUCACCCUUAUCCCCCCUCCCUCUCUCCCGCCCUGUGUUAGUAGUGUGUAGAGGGAAACUGAUUAUAUUAUGGAUAAAGUGUAUAGUCGUGUUUUCUUAGUGCUCUCGGCAGCAGACUUCUAGGGUACUCUCUUUUUGUGCAUGAACCAAAGCUUUGGUGAUGAGAUCUUCUCAAGCAUUUCUCAUAGUUUGCACUGUUUCUAAUCAGAGUCUGUGCUGUUAAGGUGGAUUUCUGGAUGGUCAGAAAGUCUAGUGGAUUAGAACAAAGUGAACGCCUGGAGGGGACAGACGGGAGGAGAGGAAGGGUUUUUAUCUGCUGGGAGGCUCUAGUCUCUUUCUGCAGCAGGGUGCUAGAAGAACUUCCCUGAUCCUCUUCUCCUGCUCUCUAACCUCUGCCUGCCUCGCCCAGAAAUGAGGGUGCAUGAGUGUGGGCUCUGAUCACCACAGUCAAUUGUAUACAAUCCAUCAGCAUCUUUGGAUUUGCUUUAUGAUUACCAUAUUGAUCUUUGCUGUAAUUUGUCAUGUUGGUGUUUUUUCCUUUCAGAUACUUCUCACACAAGAUGUUUUUUUUCACUUCAAUCUAUUUGUGGCUGACAUGGAGAUGGGGGGAUGAAUGGGAUUAAAACAACCGCAGAGAACAAAAAAAACAGACUUCAAGAGAUUUUUCUACUGAUAUGCAAAGCCACUGACUCGUUUGUUUCGCACCAAAGUUUGAUCCUCUCGUCGACACUCUUUCCAAACCGACACAAGAGUUUAACCUCGUCUGAGUGUUUUUUUUUGCUGGUGUUAAAAUUGAUCUCCUCUAAUAAUUAAGCCCAAGAGUUUGAGUACAGUGUUGGAGAAACUUUUUUAGCCGUGUCUCAUUUUAUAAUGACGAACCUUUGUAUGACAAAGGUUCAUUUAGGUUUGUAAUGAUCUCUAAAAACCAAAAAGUGUGCAAUUUUUUAAAAACAUAAUAACUGAUUAAAAUGUGAAAAACUAUUGUAAAUGAGUGUGACAUGACUCAUCGUACUGGUCAUGUUUUCUGCAUACGUCCCCCCUUUGCUUCUGUUUUUUUCUCCCCUCCAGAUCCGUUGAUCGUCUGUAUACCGUCUCUCAGGUUGACUCUUCACCUUUAUCACUUAAUUUUUAUUUUUUUGCUCAGUUUGAUUUUCUUUUUAUUUGAAAUGUUGAGGAUAAUGUUUCAAUCAAACACUGUUUGUAAUUUCCAGAUUUGUCAUAUAAGGUGGUAAUAAAUGGAUGUUACACACAC